AUGGGUCAAUUCUUUUCAAAUUUCUACCCUCCCAAGACGAAUUGGCUCCCAGACCAAAUACCGGACCAGACGGGAAAGGUCGCUAUCGUUACCGGUGGGAAUACUGGUAUUGGCUUUGCAACAUGUCGUCAUCUGCUCGAACACAAUACCCGCGUCUACCUCGCUGCACGCUCUCCCGCCAAAGCAGAGGAAGCGAUUCAGCACUUGAAAGACCUCACAAAGAAGGAAGACAUACAUUUCCUGCAGCUUGAUCUUGCCGAUCUACCCACUGUGAAGAAGGCGGUAGAUGAAUUCAGGACGAAGGAAAAGAGGCUCGAUAUGUUGUUCAACUCCGGAGGGGUGAUGCUCCCUCCUAAAUCGAUGUUGACUGCGCAAGGGUAUGACCUGCAAUUCGGCACCAACACUCUCGGACAUGGAGUGUUCACCUUCUUCCUUCUUCCGGUCCUGCUAGAGACCGCCAAGGAGACGGGCGACGUUCGAGUCGUGAACACCAGCUCGGUCGCACAUGAUUUCGCCCCGAAAGGAGGGAUUGUCUGGGAUCAGGUUAAGGAUGGACCAGCGAGGGAAAAGGCGUGGAACUAUUGGGAGGCAUAUGCAUCGUCUAAGUUCGGCAACGUCCUCUUUUCCAAAGAUGGAAAAGAGCUUGUCAGACGCUACGCCGAUGAGGGGAUCGUCAGCAUCUCCCUGAACCCGGGUGCAAUCCGUACGGACCUCCAAAGGUAUCUGAAGAGCAAGCCUGUACAGGCCUGGAUUAUGGACAAGUUGCUAUAUCCUCUGGAGCCUUAUGGGCCAUUGACCCAACUGUACGCAGGCACAGCACCAGAAGCGAAGUCCUUGAGCGGAAAGUAUCUCAUCCCCUGGGCGAGAGUGGGCGUCGAAGGACCAGACACAGGCGAUGUAGAGCAAGCGAAGAAGCUUUGGGCGCUUAUCGAGGAAGAAGCUGGGAAGCUGUAG